AUGCAGGCUGAGGCCACAGAUGCAUCCCUCAGUGAGGGCAUCCAGGCACUUGGUGUAAAAGAGGCAGAAAAUAAAAAGGAAGCGUGCAAACAGGAGGAAGACGGCACAGAGCAACAAGAUGCUGAGAUGACCGCUGCACCGGUGGAGGACACUGGAACCACAGAUGGCAAAGACCAAGACACAGUUGGGCUCGAGGGAGCCAAACACACAAACGCACCUCAGUCAGUCGCAGCGGUUGAGGACGAAGAAGGGCCGCGGGUGGCAGACAAGGACGGCGAAUGGGAGCUGGCGUACAGCGACGAGGAAAUGGAGGACCCCAAGAACUGGAUGCCUCCUCCCGCUGAGAUCAAAAGACUCUAUGAGCUCCUGGCUAAGGGCGAGAUGCUGGAGCUCAACUUUGAGCCCCUUCCGCGGAGGCCGCCCACGCCCGAACGCACCCUUUCGCCCGAAAGGGACGACGAGGAGGAUGAGGUGGAGGAGAGAGAGAGGAAAGAGAGGGAGCGCAAGCCUCCGAGUCCAACUGAGUUUGACUUCGACGAGGAGCAACAACUGCAAACCACCCCGAAAAAUUCUUUCAUUAACAGACGCAGAACACCAGGGUCGUCAGCUCGCUCCUCUGUGAAAAGGGAGGCCAGGCUGGACAAAGUGCUGUCAGACAUGAAGCGCCACCGCAAAAUCGAGGAGCACAUCAUGCGUACGGGGCGAGAUCUCUUCAAGAGCGAGAAGAAGCUGGAGGCGGCGCUGUCGCCCAACAGCCAGAAGGAGCGAGACAAGGAACGGGAGCGAGACAGCAACCCCAAUACCAUCUUCUCCCCCAGGCAGAGGAGAUACUGAACUCAUGUCACGCAACGCUGAUUGUUCCGGAGGCACCGCCUGUACAUUUUCAAGGCGCUUUUUCUAAAGUUGAAUUUUUCUAACGUAACAAACUUUGUAUGUUUUCUAUGUUUUGUAUGAUGGCAAUAAACAUGCUAACCCAA